GACCUGAGACAUCCUGGCUGUCUGCAGUAAGCUGGAGUGUUGAGGGGUGCAGGGGACAGAGCUCAUGAAGCCAGGCUGGGUUGUGGGCUGGGUGCUGGCCCUCACCCCAGGAGGGUGGGGACGGGCAAAGGUCAUUAGCCAGGGCUGGGGACAGCAGGCAGGGGUGUGGCCGCUGCUUCUGGACUGGGCUCGGGCUGCUGGACAGACAGGGCUCUGCUGGGCUCCAGUUCUGGGCUGUGAUGUCUGCCCCGCCAGCUCCUCAGCCCUGCCCCAGCUGCGCUGGGAAGAGGUGGGUCCUGCCUGCUCCCACGGAGGCACUGCCCUGUGCUUGCCUGGCCUGUGGGUGGCCCCAGCUGGCUGGGCGCCCAGUCCCUGGUGGUGUUGGUACCUCCAUGGCACCCAGGCCCAUGGGCCUGCCCCAGAUGGGUGGAGUGACCAGGCAGGGGCCAGCCUGGUACCUUGAAGCUUCAGGGCUGCCCCAUCUUUUUCAACCAGUAACUCCCUCUUCUGACCUGGGUGGGGUGGCCUAGGCGCUAGCUCCGGGUGGCAGGCAGGGGUCUCCUCACCCUGCUCCCUGGUCCUGGGCUGAGCAGAGCUGGCAGGGGAUUCCAGCGGAGUGAGUGUAGGUGAGCUUGGGCCUCCCUGUGUGUCACUGGCAGCCAGAAGGUGAUGGGGAGGCCGCUCCAGGGCUUGUCAUCAGCACAGACAGGCUGGUUGUGUGUCACAGUCCCGUGCAAGUGACUGUUCCCAGGUUGUCUCUAAGGCUCGACAUGGGGGAGAUGUGAACAUGGGAGGCUCUAGGCAAGCUUGCAGCAUGGGGGACAUCCAUCCAAGUCUUGUUACUUUUUGGGCAGGUGAGGCUGGAGUAGCCAGCUCCCUCUAUCCCAGAAACCCCCAGCUCAGACAGGUGUGACAGCUGUGACAGCUUUGGGGGUCACAAGUGCAACCCCACCCCUCUCCGUCUCCUGGCUUUAGAGCCCAGGUCCUGGAGUUCCUGGCCUGUCUCCUUAUCUGGUCUAUAAAUAAGACCAGAGACAUGGCUGGGGGUUGGUGGGGGCCUGUGGGAGGAGACCUUCACUAAUCCACCGGACCGGCGGCCCCACACCAGGGACCCUGCUAGCACCCCCAGCCCCUGAGGCCUCAGCCCCUGGCUGUGCGACACAACCAGAUGCAGCUAGGACCCCCCAGCAUGGCGCAGGCCCCUGGGGAAUGUGGCAGCCUUGGAGCCCAGCCUGGGGACACUUGCACCUGCUGGGCUGCAGGAACAGCUUGUGCUGGCUGGGCUGCAUCCUGGGGUGGGACAGGUCACAGGGCCAGGAACCAGAGGGUCAUGACCCCUUCCAAGAGGGGAGGCCUUGGGCCUUGUGGCGCCCAAGGGUUCAUGUCCCUCCCAGGAGGGGGUGCGCUCACAUCCUGGGACCUGCCACCGUGGCACAAGGAUGCUAAGUGGGAAAGGCAGGGAGGCAGGCUGAUCUGAGGUUGGCCCUCCAUGUGUGUGACCGUCAGCGGCUACGUUCCAGGAGGACAGCCCAGUUUUUAGUCCCCAGAGGAACCAGGUCCAAUGAGAUCUUAAACCCACUCCCCGGAGUCGAAGCCCCCGCCCAGCACUACCUGCCCAUCUGUGGGUCCCACCUGGUCUGCCACCUGGCCACUCUCCUGAGCCCUCCAGCGUUGAGAAGCUCCGGCUUCAGAGCCCGUGUCUCCCCGCACGACCUCUGUGUGCUCUUUGCAAGCCAAGCCAACCUGGCCCGCAGCCCUUCGGCUCAGCCCCACGUGCCCUCUGGGGGCACUCACUCCAGCCGCCAGUGCUUUGUGCUGAUUGUUGCUCCUUGGAGCGCUGUUACCUUCCUCUGGCCAGCUGCUGUCCACCCCUCAGCCCCAUGACCCCCUCCCACGGGUUCUGACGGCCCCUCCCUUGGGCCCAGCCCUGACGUUGUGGGGCCGGGAGUGUCUGGGUGUGCCUGUGACCAGGUUGGGGGACCAGAGACUGCAGGAGCAUUGGGUGGGAGCAUGAUGGAGACCUGGAAAGCAACACAGCCCUGGGAGGGGCACCCAGGGUGAGGGUGGGGGUGGAGGUGAUCAGGUCAGAUAAAGGGAGACACCAGACAAGUGGACAGGAGUGGCCUGGGGUCCCGUCCUGGACAGAGUGGGAAGGAGGACCAAGAGAGGCCUACCCUCAUCCAGGGUCAUCCUUUUAGAAAGCCCCCUACACAAGGCCACCUGAGGACCUGCCAGGCUUCUGCUUGUUACUGGCUGUGUGUCCUCAGUUUCCUCACCUGUAAAAUGGGUUGAGUGAUUACACCUAUCCCGAGGGUUGGGUACCAGCAUGUGAGUCCACUUGUUGGGGUGAUGGCAAUGUUACAGGGUCUAGGUGAGGGCCCCAUGUCCCUAGGCUCCAGAGUGAGACCUGCUAUAUUCUCAUUUCGUUCCACUGCCACCCUGGAGAAACUGAGGCUCACAAAAGCCAGUGUCCCCCAGGGGUCGCAAGAGCCCAGCUGGUGGUGACUGGACGCACAAGGCAGGCCUGGCGCUGGUGAAUCGCUCCAUAAAUGCCCUCUGAGGUCACUGCUAAGGGAUGCGAGAAGCCGGGCUCCCGGCAGCCGGCUGGACACCCCCACUACAGGCAGGUGACUCGGGCCUGUUUUCCUGGACCGUGGCCACUGACUCAGGCCCCCCUUCCCGCUCUCCUACUCUGGAGCCCCCAGGCGGAAGCACUGGUCUGGGGCGGCAGGAGAGGAGGCAGGGCAAGGAAUCCAGCUGUGCACCCUGAAACCCCUUCCAGUGGGCUGGAGUGCGGAUGCGCCUGAGUCGUCUGCAGGGCCCGACUGCGACCCCGGUUGGUAGCAUUCAAGGAGCGCCCCUCCCCCUCGCUUCCAGGGCGGGAGGCUUAGGGGGCGGGUGGCACAGGACGGUCGGCGCCCUAGGGCCCUGGCCAGCAGGCAGGGGCGGGGGCCGGCCUGCGUCACCGCCCGGCUGGUCCCCCGCCUCCUGGCCACCCAAACUCCACCCCGAGGGAAGGCGGCGCGGAUAAAGGCUCAGGGGCCGCCUGCUCGGCCCCAGACCGGCUCUGCCACCGCGUAUUCAUCCCGUACGUGGGUACACUCUGGACUAAUGGGACCUCGGGCUGGCCGCUCCUGAUCCUCCGGCGGCGGCGGCGGCUGUUGCUAAGGGAGGGGACGCGCGGUGAAGCGCGGCCCGAGCGGCAGACGGCCUCGAGAGCGGCCGCCCCAGCGGCGCACCCUCCUCCGGGAACCUUCCCUGAGCCCGCCGGCCUUGAAACGAGCCGCGAGUGCAGUACCCACCCAGGAAGGCGCCCCAACGGACCGACGCGACCUCGGAGCGCCACUUGGAUUUUUGAUUCCUGAUUUGCUUUCCGCUCCUAGGACUAUCUCCAAGGGGACACACGCCCCAGCCCCCAGGGACCUCGAGGACCCUGGUGUGGGGAGCCCCCCACCCUGCCCGGAGGCGCGGCGAGAAUUGGCGGCGCCCCGCGGACCCCAGCCCCCCAGCGCGGGCCGGGGAUGGAGCCGCAGCCCGGCGGCGCCCGGAGCUGCCGGCGCGCGGCCCCCGGCGGCGCCUGCGAGCUGGGCCCGGCAGCCGAGACGGCGCCCAUGAGCCUGGCCAUCCACAGUACGACGGGCACCCGCUAUGAGCUGUCGGUACCCCACGACGAGACAGUGGAGGGACUGCGCAAGCGGCUGUCCCAGCGCCUCAAAGUGCCCAAAGAGCGUCUGGCGCUGCUCCACAAAGACACCCGGCUCAGUUCGGGGAAGCUGCAGGAGUUUGGCGUGGGGGACGGCAGCAGGCUGACACUCGUGCCCACCGUGGAGGCGGGCCUCAUGUCCCAGGCCUCCAGGCCGGAACAGUCUGUGAUGCAGGCCUUGGAAAGCUUGACAGAGACACAGCCCCCAGCGGCGCCCGGGCCGGGCCGGGCUGGCGGAGGCGGCUUCCGGAAAUACCGAUUCAUUUUAUUUAAGCAUCCGUGGCACCGACAGGGACCCCAGAGCCCAGAGAGGGGCGGCGAGAGGCCCCAGGUCAGUGACUUCUUGUCGGGCCGCUCGCCGCUGACCCUGGCUCUGCGCGUGGGUGACCACAUGAUGUUCGUCCAGCUGCAGCUCGCAGCCCAGCACGCCCCACUGCAGCACCGCCACGUGCUGGCCGCCGCUGCCGCCGCUGCUGCUGCUGCCCGGGGGGACCCCAGCAUGACCACCGCCCCUGUGUCUUCUCCCUGCCGGCCAGUGUCCAGCGCCGCCCGUGUCCCCCCAGUGCCCACCAGCCCUGCCCCCACCUCGUCCUCACCUGUCACAGCUGGCUCUUUCCGCUCCCACUCGGCCUCCACCACCUGCCCGGAGCAGAUGGACUGUUCCCCCCCUGCCAGCGCUGGUGCCAGCCCCUCAUCCGCCCCUGGGAGCAGCCCCACCUCCCGCUCCCGAAAACCUGGCGCAGUCAUCGAGAGCUUCGUAAACCACGCCCCAGGGGUCUUCUCAGGGACCUUCUCUGGCACGCUGCACCCCAACUGCCAGGACAGCAGUGGGCGGCCGAGACGUGACAUCGGAACCAUCCUGCAGAUCCUCAAUGACCUCCUGAGUGCCACACGCCACUACCAGGGCAUGCCCCCGUCACUGACCCAGCUGCGCUGCCAUGCCCAGUGCACACCCGCCUCGCCCGCCCCGGACCUUGCCCCCAAAACUACCUCCUGCGAGAAGCUGGCGGCCUCGGCCCCAGCCUCCCUGAACCAGGCGCGCCUGUGCAAGCCCCCUGGGGACCGACUGCGGCAGACGGAAAACCGCGCCACGCGCUGUAAGGUGGAGCGCCUGCAGCUCCUGCUCCAGCAGAAACGGCUCCGCAGAAAGGCCCGGCGAGACGCCCGGGGCCCCUACCACUGGCCGCCCAGCCGCAAGGCCGGCCGCAGCGACAGCAGCGGCGGUGGGGGAGGCGGCGGCCCCACUGAAGCGGCCGGCUUGGGCCUCGACUUCGAGGACUCAGUCUGGAAGCCAGAAGUGAACCCUGACAUCAAAUCAGAGUUUGUGGUGGCCUAGGAACCCUGCCCCUCGCCCCAGCCCAGGGUGGCGUGAGCGUGGCCCCGCGCAGGAGGAUCAGGCCUCCCAGUCCAGCAUCCUUCUGGUGGUUUUUUUGUUGUUUUUAAAAUUUCAAUUCCUACCGUGGUUUUCUGAGCUCUCUGAACGAACUCUCUGCGGACUUGGGUUCCUGCCUCACACUUGGUUCGGCUCACACUCCCCGCCCCUUCCUCCCUCUCCCAACCUCAUCUGUGACCCGCGCGGGUUCCUCCCGCCCACCUUCCCUUCCCGAGCUCCAAAUAUGUAGCAGUCUUUCCAGAUGGUUGAGAGUGGAGACGAGGAAGCCACCCCCCCUUCCGUUCUGCCGCCCUCCCCACCCUUUUCAGGUUUAAGUCAAAAAUGUAGAUGCCUCAUUAUGCACUUUACAGACAGGGGAGGGGGCCGCAGAGAGGAGGGCCCCCCCCUGCAAACUCUGGCUCAAAAAACAACACAGCAGGGAGCCGUGGGAGGUCAGGUGCGCCCCAACCAGCUGGGACUGCUCCUUCUUCAACACCUGUACCUCUCUUCUCUUCCUGGUCUCCUUUUCCAUUUUCCUUUUCCUGGAAAAGAAAAGCUGUUUCAGGGGAGAGGCUGGCCGUAGCCUGCCUUGGGGUGCUGGCUGGGGUGGGGUACCCUUUCCUGCUGGGAAAGGAAAGGGAAGGAGGGAGGGGAAGUGACCCGCCCCAGCCUUUGCCAUCCACGCACUGUGUGAUUUCCUCCAAAGCCACCCUCCCACCCCACCCCGUUUUUCUGAGCUUGGGGUAUUUAUAGACGAUUAAUUUUCUGACUGAGCCAAUAGUAGUUGGGAAUCUCUUGAAAAAGUAGAGAGAGAAAUGGCUGAGGAGGGUGGGCAGGGUAGAUGCCCCCAGCCCUCCUUCCCCACCCAACCUGAGGAAUCUGGGCCUGUGGACUGUGUGUGGGGGGGGCCCUCCUGCAGCUGGGAGGGGAGGGGGUGCUGAGCUGUGAAUCCCCCGGUAGGGGCAACGCUGUGUAGCAUUAACCCCCUUGGGGGGGGUUCGCUGCUGGUCUAAUUUGGACCCUCCCCACUUAUGCCCAUGCCCCGGGGGACCCCCCAAGGGCAGAGGGAUAGACACCCCCCUACUGGGGCCAUUUCAAUGGGGGUGGGUUUUUUCAUUCACUUUUAUUUUUUACUGAUAAUGGAGAUGUUUGGGCCUUGCCCCCCACCUGUCUGUCUUGUCCUGGCCCCACCCAACUGUGCUGCGCAACACCCCUAAUCCUGUGCCUGCCCCCCCUUCCCCCUAGGUGACCCCUAGGUCCUCACCCCACCCCGUUACGUGUUUAAAGUUAAUGGUUUCAGAUGUGAACAUCAUGUGUUAACUGUAGCUCUGUACAUUUUUUGUGGGGGGGAGGGUUGGCAGGGAGGGGUCAGAGGGUAGGGGUCAAUGAUUCGUUUGUUUGUUUUCAUUUUCCAAAAAAAAGAAAAGAAAAAAAGGGCAGGUUUGUUUUUGAAGCGCACUGUCUUGAAUAUCUAUUUAAUGUGUGUUCUGAUGGUUUGUUUUUUUUUUUUUUAAGAUUUUAAGUAACAUCUGUGCCUCCGCUGGUCUGAGGGUGGAGGCCCCAGGCAGGAACCGCCCACCCCCCUCUGCCCUCGCCAGGGCCCCCAACAAGAAAGCAUUACAUGCCCUUGGGGGGUCGGGCAGUGGGGCGUCCCAGCACCUUGAGGGAGUUUCCUGUAUGAAAACAUUAAAUUGGAAAAGAAAAAACCUACACAAACACCAAUAUUUGAAGGAAUAAACAAAAUGAAACAAGUGAA